CUUCCCGUCUCCCGCCCUUUAGCCGCCGGCGUCAAUUUCGUGAGUCACUUCCGCCCGAAGCUCAGCCCUCACUCGCCGAUGAUUGCCUGAGAGGCAGCAUCUCGUACUCUCAUUGGCCUGUUGCAUUUUCCGGGAGGCGGAGCCGCGAGGCCGCUUACGGGCCGGGCAGGGCCGGCGCUGGGACUGUCAUGGCGGCACCGCUGAGAGACCGGUUGAGUUUCCUGAGCCGGCUGCCGGUGCUGCUGAGGGGCACCGCGGACGACGCCGCCCCCUGCCCCGGGUACCUGUUCGAGGAGAUCGCCAAGAUCUCCCAUGAGUCACCCGGCAGCAGCCAGUGCCUGCUGGAGUAUCUCCUCAACCGGCUGCAGAGCAACUCGUGCCACGUCAAGCUGAAGGUGCUGAAGAUCCUGUUGCACACAUGUGCCCAGGGCUCCCCCCAGUUCGUCCUGCAGCUCAAGAGGAAUGCCUGCUUUAUCCGGGAGGCAGCAGGUAAUGGGGCUAUAAGUGGGGGAGCUGGGACAAGAGAGCGGGGAGUGGCUCUGUGUGGUGUUGGAGAACCCAGCCUGGCUGUGUGGGAGAGUCCAGGGUGGCUCCUGCCUGUGGGGGCUGCUCCAGGGGCAGAGUGCAGGCUGGGGCCGUGGUCUGCCUCAUGCCUGGGAGCUGAGUGUCCCCCAGCCCUCCCGACCUCAUGCCUUGCAGUGUUCACGGGGCCCCCAGACCCCCUCCACGGCAACAGCUUGAACCAGAAGGUCCGGGCGGCUGCGCAGGACUUAGCCAGCAUUCUCUUUUCGGAUGCGCCGCUCCCCCAGCCUGCCAUGCUUCCUGCCUGUCCCCUGCCUCCUGCGGGCAUGGGCUCCAGCCCCAUCCCCUGUGGCUCCUUGCAAGGAUUUGGCUUCAGCAGUGAGAAAAGCAGCUCUGCUUCGACAGGGGAAGCCCUGCUCAGCACCAUCCAACGAGCGGCGGAAGCGGUGGCCCAUGCUGUGCUCCCCUCCCUGGAGGGGCCUCAGCCACACCGCCGGGAGCUCCACGAGGAUGCCUACGAGCCUGUGAGAGCCCCCUCUCCCACCAGGAGCCCGGUCGGGGCUGUGAAGCCACCAGUGGCCACCACAGUGCACAGCACCCGAGUGAGCCACCAGCCAGGGCUGGCCGGGGGCGGCUGGGAGGAGGCAGACAGCGGGCACAGCUCCCAGGACUCCUCACAGGGGAACGGCGAGUUGAGCCGCACCUCGGACUCCUGCAGCAAAUCGGGCAGCGACAGCCACUCCGGGGCCAGCCGGGAGCUGACCCACAUGGCCGAGAGGGUGGACGCUGACAACCUGGGUGACUGCGUGCGGGAGGUGAGCCUGGUGUCAGCGCUGACCCGUGGUGCCAGGGUCUUCCUCACCAGGGAGGAAGCGCAGCACUUCGUCAAGGAGUGCGGGUUGCUGAACUGCGAGGUGGUGCUGGAGCUGCUCAGCCGGGCACUGGAGGACCCCAGUGACAGCGUCCGCAUGAGAUCCAUGUCCGCCAUCUCUUCUCUCAUGUGCUCUGACCUGCUCUCCCUGGACCAAAUCUUUGCCAUGACUCGGCAGCACCUGCAGCAGCUCAGCCAAGGCAGCCCUGGCCCCGUCGCCAACCGAGCAAUGAAGAUCCUGCGGCAGUUCGAGGCUCUCUGCAGAGGCCAACCCUCCCCAAAGACUGUCUGCCCGGACGUGGACCCCUCCGCCAUUGCUGUGGGCUCAGCCCCAUGCACCGGGGACCUGCUGACGGACAUCCUGCCCCUGGCAGGCGAGAGCAUCCUCACCCCGCUGAGCGCAGCCCCGCUCCCCACGGCGCCGCCGGCCCGUGGCCAGGAGCAGGGGGUGGAGGCAGAGAUCCACGGGCAGCCUGGAGCCGCGCUGCCAGCCCAACCCUGCGUGCAGGAGGUGGUGAGCAGGCUGGCAGGGGACAUGGUGGGCACUGCUGUGCCCUCCCGCAGCCUGUCUCUCUUUGCCGGCAUGGAGCUGGUGGCCCGUCCCGGAGCGGUGAUCUGCCCGGACUCUCUGCCAGCAGAGCCGCGGAUGCUGUCCCAGCCCCAGGACAGGCAGACGGAUGCAGAGGGCAGCCGGCAGCUGUCGGCCUUUGCCUUUCUCAACAUGUAGCUGCUGUGGGGCUCCCGGGGGGUUGUGGGGGCUUUGCCCUCCCUCCCUGUGGGGCCUGUUGUGCCAUGGCCCCCCCAGGGGCUCCUCUACGGGUGGCCAGCUGCUCCCGCACUGGGCUUGGUGGGGCCGAGGUCCCCAGCUUCCUCUGUGGCACCCUAGGUAGACGCAGACAGCGGCCCUCUGGGCCCUGUGCUACAGUGGCGAGGGCAAGGGGGCUGCCGAGGAUACAGCUGUGAAAUGGCCGUGGGGGCCAGGGAUUUGGUAAGGUUAUAGUGUCCCUCUUGCUGUCUUUUUGCCAAAAGUCCCUGGUUUCCUGGGACUGGUGCUGCUGGCACCCCUUGCUGGGCUGGGCUGGGCUGUGAGGGGGUGUGAGGAGCUGGGGCAGAGACCUGCCAGCACCCCCCAGGGGUGAGCUGGGGUGUGGUUUGGGGACCCUGGUGGAGCCAUGGGGUGCUCCUGGGUGACCUGCUGCCUCCAGCCUCGGCAGCUGUGGGGCUGGGGAGGGAAAAGGCGCCAUCCCAGUGUAGUCAGGACCCACCAGGGGGUCGGGACCCACCAAUAAACCCCACACUUGGAUGCUGGGAA